AUGUUUCGUAUCUUGUUCUUCGUGUUCCUCUGCGCGGGCUGCCUACUCGCUGCUUCUAGCCCCCAGCAGUACACUAGAUCGCUUGGAACCUUUGAGAAUCCAUCUGUGCAGACUCGACCACGUUUUCGCUACUGGCUUCCCGACGCCGGAGUCGAUAAAGAAAUUGUUGCUACCAACAUCAAAGACAGUGGAAAUCUAGGUGCUGGCGGCGUAGAGUUCCUUCCCUUUUACAACUAUGGGGGUGAAACCGUCUCCAAGGCUCCUCAAGCUGAUUGGGUCACCAAUGGCUUUGGUACACCGGCCUUUCGGGAUGUAUUUCGCGCAGCCCUUCAAGCACACAAAGAUGCUGGACUCUUGAUGGAUUUUGCCAUGGGUCCAAAUCAAGGGCAAGGUGUGCCAGCAGAGAGUGAUGAUGAAGGGCUGCAGUGGGACUUGGUUCCGUACAAUGUUGAAAUACCAAGAAAUGGUAUCAUUGACGCUCAAAUCCCUGGAUGGGGACCAACAAGUGGUAUUGGGUACCGAAUCUUCGCGUACUACCAAAAACGCACUCUGAAUAAGAAUCUGAAAUUCGAGAAUAAUCAGACAGCGACGAUAUGGGAUAAUGGGUCCUAUAUAGUGGACCAUUACAGCGCCGCGGGGGCUCAGACAGUGAUCAAAUUUUGGGAGGAAUACAUCCUUAUUGACGGCCUCAAAGAGAUGUUAAUGGAGGUCGGGCAUUAUGGCUGGGAAGAUAGCAUUGAAAUGACAUCGAACACCUCGUGGACUCCCACCAUACCUGACAGGUUCCAACGAAAGCUAGGGUAUCGUUUAGAGCCCUAUCUACCAGUUAUGAACUUUGGCGUCCUCCAUCCAGACAACAAUGUUAAUAUUCAGGCCUUUCAACCAGGUCCUGUACAAGUCAUCCUCAACACGGAAGAUUCUGGGGCACGAUACAUUAAUGAUUUUCGGGAACUACUUGCAGACGGAUACCGCGACUACCUUCAGGUCCUAAGUGACUGGACUCGCAAUCACCUUGGUCUGGCCUUUUCUAGCCAAGUAUCUUACAAUUUGCCGAUGGAUACGGCAACUAAUGUACCUAUGGUUGACGUUCCCGAAUGUGAGAGUUUGCAAUUCGCUGAUAACAUCGAUGGCUACCGGCAAUUUUCUGGCGCGGCAAAUCUUGCGGGAAAAGCUAUCAUUUCGAACGAAAUGGGUGCUAUCUCGGCAGCUUAUGAUUACCCCUUGCCGAGACUUUUAUUUUCGGUAGCAAGGGCGGUUGUCGGGGGCGUUAACCAGUUUGUGCUCCAUGGUCAAAGCUAUACCGGAGACUAUUACAUCACGACUUGGCCGGGCUAUACUGCCUUUUCUUAUUCUGUAUCAGAGCUAUACUCGAACAAGCAACCUUCCUGGGAUCAUGGCUUGUCAGAGGUACUCAAUUACUUGGCAAGAGUCCAAUUCGUUCAGCGUCAAGGUAUACCACGGACAGAUGUCGCCAUUUAUAACAAGGUGUCUGCCACCGAUAGUUCGUUUCCAUCCAUUUAUCAAUCAGAUGACUUGGUCAACGAUGGUUGGUCAUGGGCGUACCUUACACCAGACAAUUUCGCCUUACCACAAGCUACUGUCCGUGACAAUGUUCUUGGUCCGGACGGGCCAAGGUACAAGGCCCUUGUCAUCACAAAAGAUAGCAACAUGACACUAUAUGGCGUGGUGCGUGUUGCAGAGUUCGCAGCAAAAGGCUUGCCAAUCAUCUUCAGCGGUGGUUUGCCUAGUAUUUAUCCAUCCGCAAGAGGUAAUCACACCGCUGAAACUCUCGCCGCCCUGACGAAGCUAGCAUCUUCUCCAAAUGUGUACAAUGCCAGCAGUGGCCAUGUUGCAAGCACUCUAGAGAGCCUGGGAUUAUUCCCCAAUAUCAAAGUCCAGACCAACGGCACCAUCUGGACUACCUGGAGGGAGGACCCAUCAACAGGAGUGGACUACGCAUUUAUAUUCUGUGAUUCAAAAUCUGCAUCAGCAGAGAUCACAAUUAGUGGCGAUGCGAAGAAGAAAAUACCCUACUAUCUAGAUGCAUGGACAGGCAUUCAGAAGCCUGUUUUCACUUAUACUGUUUCUGGCUCAGCAUUGAGGAUCCCAAUUUCACUCGAAGGAAACCAGACGACGAUUAUCGCUUUCUCCCGGAAUCCUUUGACAGAUUCUGAGGCUCCUACAGUACAUUCCACGGAAACACCACCUUCUGUUAUCGGUUCGUUCUAUGAGUCUGCUGGUAAGGGUUGGACUGCGCAGGUAGUCAGUACUAAUUUACAGGACUCGGGAAGAAUUCGUUUAUCAAAUAAUAAGACCAUCGAAUUGCCAAAUACCCAUAAAAUAGCAGAGCUAUUCAACCUCAGCAAUUGGAAACUAGUUACGGAGCACUGGGAAGCUCCCUCCGACCUUUAUGAUGCUGAAACCAUCGCUCAGAAGCAUAACACCACCCAUGAACUAACAAGCCUGCUUUCAUGGACAGAGAUUCCUGCUCUUCAGAAUGUAUCUGGACUCGGUUAUUAUAGCACGACAUUUCAGUGGCCGCCUGUCACGGGUGGAUCCGCUGAUGGAGCAUAUAUUCAGUUUCCUUCCAUUCUACACGCAAUCCGGGUUUCGGUCAAUGGGCAGAAGCUUCCAGCCUUGGAUUAUACGAACGCCAAAGCAGAUAUUGGCCCAUAUCUCCGACAUGGAAAUAACGAUGUUCUUGCUGUCAUUCCCACAACAAUGUGGAAUUAUCUUCGAAGUAUUAUUUCACAACUAAGAGAUCAGGGGGGCCAGCCAGGUUUGUUGAGUUUUACUAGUACUUUGCCGGGGAUCUCGCCAAAUGGAUUGAUAGGCGAAGUCAGUGUGCUUCCAUACGUGAAUGUGAAUAUCAAGUGA